UCGACCAGCCCAGGACCAGCAGCAUGGGUCUCAUGGAGCACAUUGGCUCGCAGCCAGAGUCGUACAAGCAGAAGAAGGCGUACAAGUUCGAGGAGGUGCUCGGCACUGGAGCGUUUGGCGAGGUCAAGCAGGCGUCGUGGACACCGCCGCCGGGCAACCCUCACUACGACGACGCGCAGAAGGUCGGCGGCCACAUCGAGGUCGCCGUCAAGGUCAUCAAGAAGAAGGCGCUCAAGGGCGACCUGCAGGCCGUGCACGACGAGGUCGAGGUCCUCACCGGCCUCAACCACCCCAACAUCGUCAAGCUCUACGACUCGUUCGAGAGCAAGGAGAAGUUCUACCUCGCGUUCCAGUUGGCGUCGGGCGGCGAGCUGUUUGAGAAGAUCGCGUCGAGGGGCAAGUUCACCGAGGGCGAUGCGGCGACCGUCAUCACCCACCUCCUCGAGGGCAUCAAGUACCUGCACGACCACCACAUCGUCCACCGCGACAUCAAGCCCGAGAACCUCUUGUACAUCAAGCCUAACUCGGACCAGCUCGUCAUCGCCGACUUUGGCAUCGCCAAGCACAUCGAGGACAACGAGAGCUUGACGAGCCUCGCCGGCAGUCCGGGUUAUGCUGCUCCCGAGGUCCUCCUCAAGCAGGGUCACGGCAAGCCGGUCGACCUCUGGUCCGCAGGCGUCGUCACCUACACACUUCUCUGCGGCUACAUUCCGUUCCGAGCGACGGGCACGCAGGAGCUCAUCGAGGAGUGCAAGGCGGCCAAGCUCGAGUUCCACAACAAGUACUGGAGCAAGGUGUCGGACGACGCCAAGGCGUUCAUCCGGGCCCUGAUCCAGCCCAACCCGGACGACCGCCCAACGGCCGAGCAGGCGCUCAAGCACAAGUGGCUCGUCGACGCCGCCAAGCGCCAGCACGAGCACGACCUGAGCGAGGGCUUCAAGGCCAACUGGACGCCGUCCCGGCGGUGGAAGAGCUCGAUCAACACGCUCAUCGCGACGCGCCGCUUUGCGCAGGCGGCCGAGAAGGCUCGCGGCACGUCCGGCUCGACGCCUUCCUCCUCCGAGUUGACGCCGGCCGACGAGCACCCGCCGCGCACGUCUGCCUCAACCGACGAGUACAACACGGCCGAGGAGGACGACCCGGGCCUGCACGACGCGAUCCGGCGCCGGGACCGCGAGCACGAGACGGUGCGCGAGCGCGAGCUGCAGGCCAAGUCGCACGAGCGCGAGCGGGGCGAGGGGCGCCAGGGACGCCGGAGCGCAGAGCGCGACAGGGACCUGAAUCAGAUCAGUGCGGGCCUCGAGGGCCUGCAGACCUGAGCGCUCGUCGGGCGAGCUUCCUCCUCCCUCUCGGCGCUCGCUCGUUCGUCGGCGCACUCUCUCUCCUCGGCGCGCGCCCGUCGGUGCCUGUCAGUGCCUUUCCUCCCUCUCUAUCUCGACGUCGCCGUGCACUGUAUGUAUGUAUCGAGUCG